CUUCAUUCAUUUUCACUAACCUCCGGAAAGCCGACAAUGUUGAAUACUUUGAACCUUUCAAUCUAUGAGCUACUUCUCCAGACGACAAGCUUGUAAAAGCGGGAAAAAAAUCUGAGUUGAUUCAUUUUUCCAUGGAGCUCCUUAUGGCAAAAACAAGGUUGAACUUUCCGUCUACAAUCUGAAAAAGCCGAGAUUUUUGUGUUAUUUCAAAUUUUGGAGUGAAUAUGUCUUCUGCUACUUGGAUUACUACACUUUCGUGUUCAAGCUCUGUGAUUGAAUCUUCCAAGGAGGCAUCUGUUCCUAUGAUAAUCCAAUGGCUGAAAUUCAUUUUCCUCGCUCCAUGUCCUCAGAGAGUUAUAUUUUCAGCCGUUGAUCUCCUGUUCUUGCUCACCCUCCUAUGCUUUGCGGUUCACAAGCUCUAUUCUAGAUUCUCAAGCAAUAGCCAUGGCAGCUCCGACAUCGACAAGCCUCUCAUAAGAAGAAACAGGGCGGCUUCCAGUACUAACGUAUACUUCAAGCUUUCCUUGACUGCGACGGUUCUCCUUUCAUUUUGUUACAUUAUUAUAUCCAUUCUCUCAUUUAGAGGUAACCAGGCGCCGUGGAAGCAAGUUGAUGGAAUAUUUUGGUUGAUUCAAGCCAUAACUCAUGCUGUGAUUGCUAUCUUAAUCAUCCAUGAGAAGAGAUUUCAAGCUAUCAACCACCCAUUGUCUCUCCGGAUUUAUUGGAUUGCGAAUUUCAUCAUCAUUUCCUUGUUUGCUGCUUCUGGGAUCAUUCGUAUGGUGUCUGUAGGAACAAAUCAGGGUCAGAAUUUGAGGUUGGAUGAUAUAGUUUCCCUGAGUUCUUUUCCUUUGUCUGUUCUUCUUCUUCUUGUUGCUAUUAAAGGUUCCACUGGUAUAACGUUGAGCGGUGAACCCGAACUAGCAGUGGACGAAGAAGAAACCAAGUUGUUGCAUGAACCCCUUUUGAGCAAAUCCAACACUAGUGCUUUUGCUUCAGCUUCAGUAUUAUCAAAGGCCUUCUGGAUCUGGUUGAAUCCUCUUUUGAAAAAAGGCUACCAAUCCCCUCUCAAAAUGGACGAUGUUCCGACUCUUUCACCGGAACAUAGAACUGAGAGGAUGUCUGGGCUCUUCGAAGUAAAUUGGCCUAAACCAGAGGAAAAAUCGAAGCACCCUGUUCGAACUACAUUGCUACGGUGCUUUUGGAAGGAACUUGCAUUCACUGCAUCACUCGCAAUCGUUCGGCUUUGCGUUAUGUAUGUCGGUCCGAUUCUGAUCCAAAGUUUCAUUAAUUACACUGCAGGGAAAAGAAGCUCUCAAUAUGAAGGAUAUUACCUUAUAUUGAUUCUUCUUGUUGCUAAGUUUGUUGAAGUGUUGAGCACUCACCAAUUUAACUUCAACACUCAGAAACUCGGAAUGCUCAUCCGCUGCACUCUUAUUACUUCUUUGUACAAGAAAGGGUUGAGGUUAACCUGCUCUGCUCGUCAAGCUCAUGGGGUUGGACAGAUUGUGAAUUACAUGACUGUUGAUGCUCAACAGCUCUCAGAUAUGAUGUUCCAGCUUCAUUCCAUUUGGUCGACUCCCGUGCAGAUUUGUGUCGCCUUGGUUCUCUUGUAUGGGUACCUCGGCACUUCGGUCGUGACAUCCUUGCUUGGACUUCUUGGCGUCCUUGUAUUUGUGGUGAUUGAAACCAGAAGGAACAAACGUUUUCAAUUCGAUCUGAUGAAGAAUCGUGACUUGCGUAUGAAGGCAACGAAUGAGAUGAUUAAUUACAUGCGGGUUAUCAGGUUCCAGGCAUGGGAAGAACACUUCAAUAAAAGAAUCCAAUCUUUCCGUGAAACUGAGUUCGGAUGGUUAUGCAAAUUCUUGUAUUCCUUCGCUUGCACUUUGAUUGUACUGUGGUCAGCACCUGUGCUGGUAUCGACCCUCACAUUCGGGACAGCACUUUUAUUUGGAGUGAGACUUGAUGCAGGGCUAGUGUUCACUGCAACGAGUAUCUUUAAGAUCUUGCAGGAACCAAUCAGGACAUUCCCACAAUCCUUGAUCUCACUUUCACAGGCAAUGAUAUCAUUGGACAGAUUAGAUCGUUUCAUGAUGAGCAAGGAAUUGGCUGAUUCAUCGGUGGAGAGACAGGAAGGUUGCGAUGGUAGAGUCGCGGUGGAAAUUAAAGAUGGUUCAUUUAGCUGGGAUGAUGAAAAUGGAGAACUUGUUUUGAAAAAUAUAAAUUUAGAGAUCCGGAAAGGGGAGCUCGCAGCCAUUGUCGGGACUGUGGGAUCCGGGAAGUCUUCUAUCCUGGCUUCAGCUCUUGGUGAAAUGCACAAAAUAUCAGGAAAGGUUAAACUCUGUGGGACAACAGCAUACGUAGCUCAGUCAUCCUGGAUUCAGAAUGGGACGAUUGAAGACAAUAUCCUAUUCGGUUCGCCAAUGAACAGGUUGAAAUAUAGGGAAGUGAUAAGGGUUUGUUGUUUGGAGAAAGAUUUGGAAAUGAUGGAGUUUGGUGAUCAGACUGAAAUCGGAGAACGCGGAAUUAACCUCAGCGGUGGCCAGAAGCAACGGAUACAACUAGCUAGAGCUGUUUACCAGGAUUGUGACAUCUACCUUCUCGAUGAUGUCUUUAGUGCUGUUGAUGCUCAUACAGGGUCGGAUAUAUUUAAGGAAUGUGUGAGAGGAGUUCUCAAAGAGAAGACUAUUUUACUCGUAACACAUCAAGUAGAUUUCCUACAUGAUGUUGAUCUUAUCUUGGUGAUGCGAGAUGGGACGAUAACACAAUCGGGGAAGUAUAAUGAUUUGCUAGACACGGGCAUGGAUUUUGGAGCUCUGGUAGCUGCACACGAAACGGCCAUGGAACUUGUAGAAGCAGGCAACACAAUGCCAGGUGAAAAUUCCCCCAAAACAUCGAAAUCUCCUCGUGAUGUUUCGAAUAUUGGGGAAGCAGAAAAUGGUGAACAUAACUCCCAAGAUGACUCGAAAUCUGAUAAGGGUGAUUCUAGGCUAAUCAAAGACGAGGAGAGGGAAACCGGUAAAGUCAGCUUGCAUGUCUAUAAAAUGUACUGCACUGAGGCUUUUGGCUGGUGGGGUGUGGCUGUUGCGUUGUUUUUCUCUCUGAUAUGGCAAGCUUCGAUAAUGGCUGGCGAUUAUUGGCUAUCAUAUGAAACUGCGGCUGAACGUGCUCCAUCGUUCAACCCUUCGCAUUUCAUUUCUGUUUAUGGUAUCAUAGCAGCGUUGUCGGUGGUGUUGAUAGCGAUCAGAGCCUUUUUUGUUACAGUUAUGGGGCUCAAGACAGCACAAAUCUUUUUCAGUCAAAUUCUUCAGAGCAUCUUGCACGCCCCUAUGUCCUUUUUUGAUACCACGCCUUCAGGAAGAAUUUUAAGCCGGGCGUCGACUGAUCAGACCAAUGUCGAUAUCUUCAUCCCAUUUAUUAUGGGGAUUGCCAUUUCCAUGUACACCACCCUGCUCAGUAUCUUCAUAAUCACGUGUCAAUAUGCUUGGUCCACAAUAUUCUUGAUAAUUCCGCUCGGCUGGCUGAAUUACUGGUAUCGGGGAUACUAUCUGGCAACAUCACGUGAAUUAACCCGCCUUGACUCGAUCACUAAUGCUCCUGUCAUCCAUCACUUCUCCGAAAGUAUCUCCGGAGUUAUGACAAUUCGUGCAUUCAGAAAGGAGGAUAUGUUUUGUCAGGAAAACAUUAACCGAGUUAAUUCCAGUUUACGCAUGAAUUUCCACAACUUUGGCUCUAACGAAUGGCUGGGAUUCCGUUUGGAAUUUUUUGGGAGUGUAGUUCUCUGCCUUUCUACAAUGUUUAUGAUCUUUUUACCGAGCAGCAUUGUCAGGCCAGAAAAUGUUGGGUUAUCUCUUUCGUAUGGAUUGUCCCUCAACGCUGUACUGUACUGGGCCAUAUAUAUGAGUUGCUUUGUGGAAAACAGGAUGGUUUCUGUCGAAAGAAUAAAGCAAUUUUCAAGUAUUCAGCCGGAGGCGGCAUGGCAUAUUCAAGACCGUCUUCCCCCUCCGAAUUGGCCUGUUCAUGGCAAUGUGGAGCUCAAAGACCUUCAGGUUCGAUACCGUCCAAGCACUCCUCUAGUACUUAAAGGCAUUACUCUGAGCAUUAAUGGGGGUGAAAAGAUUGGUGACGUUGGUCGGACUGGGAGUGGGAAGUCGACUUUAAUCCAAGUUUUCUUCAGACUGAUUGAGCCAACCGCAGGGAAAAUAAUUAUUGAUGGUAUAGAUAUCUGCAUGCUAGGACUGCAUGAUCUCAGGUCACGCUUCGGAAUCAUCCCUCAGGAACCUGUCCUUUUUGAAGGAACCGUGAGAAGCAACAUCGAUCCCGUAGGCCAGUUUUCAGAUGAAGAGAUAUGGAAGAGCCUCGAACGUUGUCAACUUAAAGAUGUUGUGGCUUCAAAACCCGAUAAACUCGAUUCUUUAGUGGUUGAUAAUGGCGACAAUUGGAGCAUGGGGCAGAGACAACUUCUAUGUUUGGGGAGAGUUAUGCUUAAGCGCAGCAGGCUUUUGUUCAUGGACGAGGCGACUGCUUCUGUCGACUCGCAAACUGAUGCUAUAAUCCAAAAGAUCAUCAGAGAAGACUUUGCAGCCUGCACAAUUAUCAGCAUCGCUCACAGAAUACCCACAGUCAUGGACUGUGAUCGGGUUUUAGUUGUCGAUGCAGGAAAGGCAAAAGAGUUCGACAAACCAUCACGGUUGCUCGAGAAGCCGGCACUAUUUGCGGCAUUGGUUAAGGAAUAUGCCAACCGUUCUUCUGGAUUAUAAACCAAAUCUUUCGAUUUUCCCCUCAGGUCGGGAAGAUUU